AUGGCAGAAAGCUGGAAAGAACUGGGCAAGAAAGACCCGAAGUAUCAAAAGGCUUACGACACACUUUUGCAAACACCCCGGCCCGCUACACCAGCAGAACUGCGUGCGAUUUACAGCGCAGCCAAAUCUGCAAACGGCAACAGCGGUAGUAGCUAUGAAGACAACGGCCGCAUCAUUGCAGAGGACAUUUCUAUCCCGCUCCGAGACGGCACAACGACCAAAGCACGACUUCACAGGAGUAAGAAGGCAGCUACUGAGCCCGCUCCUCUCGCAGUCAUCAUUCACGGUGGGGGAUAUAUUACUGGAGACCGCUUCGACGAAUCCUGGACUUGCCAGAUUUUGGUCGAGGAAAUCGGUGCCGUCGCGCUGGCGAUCGAGUACCGUCGGGCACCAGAGUAUCCUUUCCCAACGGCAAUCCACGAUGCUUGGGACGCUGUGAAAUGGGCUGCUGAGAGCGCUGAGACACUGGGUGCAGACCCAACAAAGGCAGGCUUUAUCGUAGGUGGUAACUCGGCAGGCGGCAACCUGGCAACAGUCAUCGGAUAUCUCGCCAAGCAAGAAAAUUUCUCGCCAUCUAUCACAGGCUUAGCCAUCCAAGUCCCCGUGAUUUCUGGCGAGGCUGGACUUCCGGAGCACCUUCGUCCGGAGCUGCAAUCGUACGCGGGCAGCGGAGUUGAUGCACCCAUCAUGAACUCCAAUGACGUUCGCAUGUUCCUCGGUCACUACAAUCCAGACCUCACCUCCCCCUUAUUCAAUCCAUGGGCGCAUGGUGUUGACCUGUCCGAAUACCCACCGGUGUUCUUUCAGAUCGCUGGCAUGGAUCCAUUGCGUGACGAAGGUCUGCUUUUCGAACGACAUCUUCGACAGGAAUACAGUGUGGCCACACAGCUGAAGGUUUACUCAGCCCUGCCUCAUGCCUUUUGGUUCAUCCCUUUGCCGGAGUUUGCCGAUGCCAUCGAGCAGGCCAGACUGGACUACCGUCAAGGAGUGCGCUGGCUCGUCGAGCAAACGAAGAGUGAUGCGUAA